CGGUGGGAAAUUUGACAGUGCGGGAAAACUGUUGUUCUUAACUGACCAAUAUUUUAACAGAAGGAAAUAUUAAAUGUGAAUUUACUGAAGUUUACUCGACAUGGACCGUUACGUGUUGAUUUUAUCCUUCUGCCAAACCGACGAAGAGCUUGCGGAAGACUUUAAAUGUCUGGAGCCAGUGAAGCAGAUUUAUGAAAAACUUGUUGACAUCUCCGCUCAGGAAUCAAAGAGAGGGAUCUCUGUGUUUCCAGCUUGUUCUCUCAGUGGCAGCCCAGCAGCUCAGAGAUGGUACUUUGCUGUUCAGGCUUGCCAUGGAGCUACACAGUUCUGCAGCUCAGACUGGGAAGAGCUGGGGACAGGCCAUCACAAAACUGACAGCGAGGAGGAGAUGCCUUCUGCUUUAGAGUCAUGUCUCACUUUUCUCGGUAAUCAGGAUUCACAGGACAGACUCACGCUGGCAGAGCUGUUGGAGGAGGCUGCCGAAGGAGUACAUCUCCUAACAGACAAGCUUCCACCUCCAGGUAAAGCAUUAUUGGAUGUACUGGUGUUGGGCUCUGCAGAGCAAUCCCCUCCAAUUAAAGACCUGCUGCCUCUACUGGGAGCCCUCAAACUCAUGUCCUGCUGGCACGCUGCUAACAUCACAGUCAUCACACAGCACACCACCGGAUGGCAGAACGCAGCAUCCUACCUGAGUGCUGCUCUGGUGGAGCCUCCUAACCUCAACAUUUGUGUCAACCACCAAGAACUAUGGAGGGGUGGCCUGCUUGUCAGAGAGAAGAAGUAUGUGUCGGAGCUUCUUUUCGAUGGAUUUUCUCUGCACUCUCUGGUGCCUCAGAUGUCAUGCUGCCUCUUACAAGAGCUGUACAUCACAACAGACCACAAACUACAGUCUGAGCCUCUGCAUACAUCAGCUGAUAUGAAUCACAUCUGGAGAGAGUUCUUCCCUGUGAGAGUCUUCCAUUACUACGCUCCAGUUUUAGAACUGGUCCAGUUGGUUGAUCUGUCCGACCUGCCUUCAUUUCUGUUAUCUACCACUCAGUUUGAACUGAGCCUGUCUGGAAAAUCAAUGAAAUCUAAACUUCUGCUGGAGCAGCUGAGGUCACUACGUGGAAAGGUUGGAGCAUUGUUUAGCCUCUCUUGUAUAAUCACCCCUGUUGCCCAGCCUGCAGCCAGCCAACUCAGCUCCCAGCGCUGGAGAGAGUCUAUAGCCAGGAGACCCAAGUCCUUACCAGUCCCUGAUGUGGAGGUGAAAGGUGAGAGCGCUCACUACUUCCUGUUGGUCCAGGGCUCUGAUGACAUCAGGAGCGGAGCCUGCAAGGUCACCAUGUUGUUCUCAGACAUCCAAGCUAAUGGAGCAGCUGCCAUGGCAACCAUCUCUGGGCUGCUGAAAGAGAAGUCUUUGUCACCAACAGGAGCGGCUCUAAGUGACAUCCUCUGCCCCCUGCCUUGUCUCCAAGGAGACAGCCUGCUGAAGAGAGAGAGGAGGGUGACCCGGGUCCAGACGCUCGUACUCAAAGAAUAUCUAAGACAGAAAGAAGAAGUAUCAGCCUCAACCACAAUACCUGUCAAUGACUUAAAGCUCAUUUUGAGUUUGGCCAGAGAACAAUAUCUGAAGAUGAUCGAUGCGAAGCUGCUGUCUGCUGCAACCUGUCUGACAGAUGAACAGGAGAGCAAGAUGAACAAAAACCCAGGUUUUCAGAGAGUUUCUCACCUGCAGGCUGACUGGCCUGAGAGGAGUGUCCUCCACAACAUAGAGAACCUGCAGAGGAGACGACAGAAGAGGAGACUUGGUCUGCUGGGUCCAGGCUCAAGUGACAGUCUCCUGGGUCCUAAAGAUGGACAAAAGUCCUCCUCGACUUUACUAGAUGCCAGAGAACUUUUGAAACACUUUACAUAUGAUGGCCUGCCCACUGGAGAGCUCCAGCCUCUGCCUAUCAAUAGAGGGAAUAAUAUGUUUCAGCUGUCACCAGACCUUUCUCCUGGAAGAAUCAGUCAGAUGCCCUUUAACAAAGCCUCAGCCUCACAUUAUCACGGCAUAGAGUUCUGCCUGGAUAACCAGCGAUCCUUGGACCGGGAUCAGGCCUUUGUGAAACUCCAGUCUCGUCUGAUUCGAUACGAGACCCAAACCACCUGCACCAAAGAACCCUGUGCCCUCCCUUUUGCCUUGAGCCCCGCCCCCUCCCCUGCUGUGAUGUCAGAACCAGGAAGCGUGCCAGAUGGAGAAACGCUGCAGAACGCUGAUGUAGCUCGACUAAAACGCAGGUCGUGGGACACAGAUGUUAUCGGAGGUUAUCCUCGCAAGAGGCUGGUGAAGUCAGAGAGCAGUGACUCCCUCUGUUCUCAGAGCAGCGGCAGCAGUGGGACACAUCCUGCUGUUAGGUCUUUACGGCAACAGCCAAGCAGAUCCCAGUCCACGUCCUCAACUAUGAGCCCCUCUUCUUCCUCAGCGACAAGACGAGCAUCCUUAGGUUUGGUUACAAUUUCUUCUGCUGACAAACCUAAAGCUCAGCAACAGAAAACACAGUCUGGACAAACAGAAGACAAAGCCUCCAAAGAGUCGCGCUCCCAGAAACACAACAGGAUGCUUCUGGAGGUUGUAGCUAAAACCCUCAAACACCACGGGAUCACCGGCGAGCACGAGUGCUUUGAGGCCUGCAGCAAAAGACUGUUUGAUAUCUCCAAAUUCUAUCUCAAGGAUCUGAAGACGUCACGUGGUCUCUACGACGAGAUGAAGAAAGCCGCCAGCAGCAACGUUAAACAGGUCAUUGACUGGGUGUUGGAGAAGACCUCGAAGAAGUAGAGACAUUUUAAGAAUGGGUGGAUUUUUUAAUCUUUUAGUUUCGGUUUAUUUUAUUUAUAAAAUGAUCUCUUUCAAAACAUUUGUGUAUCAUUUCCACUUUUAAGGGUGUUUGCUUUUUUAAAGUUGUUAUACAAGACUGUUUUAAUGAAUGUAAUCUUAAUUUAAUUUUUUUGUUGUUUCUUGGCUAUCAUGCCAUUUUUUUCUGACAUUCUGUGUUUAUUGUAUGUGUUUAUGCCAAUUACUGUGAUGGACUCCCACUGCCCGAGAACUUCACACACUGUGCUCUGGCUGCAGUCACAGAGGGGUUGUACUUCCUUCAAAAGUGGUCUUAUUUCCUUUCUGUACUGUUUUUUGAGUUUGUUAUUAGUACAAGAAUACAUUUAUGUCUUUAUGAUUGUACAUAUUUUAUCUCUGUGUUUCACAUUUUCUUGGUUGUAACACAAUAAAGUGUUUUUUGUGCUUA